UGAUUUUAGCUCAACUAUGAAAAAUAGUAUAUGAUAACGAUGGUUGUAUAUUUUGGAACAUAUAAAGUUUCUAGACUGACUAUAUGUCUGUUAUUAAUUGAACUUGCCAGUACUCAAAAUUGGUGGAACUUCGAAUCCUACAUAAAUCCAUUCAAACUUCCUGUAUUUACUCCACUGCCAAACCAACGGUUUACUCAUAUUCCUGAAGUCAAUCAAUACGUUCCGAUGCCAAACGAUGUUGUUGUGGACAUACCAAGGUUUGUUUCAGCACAUGUUUUCUGUAAAAUGCAUACCAAGGGCCGGGAUGGGAAAGUUUAUUGGUUUUUCUACUACGAUAAAUUAUGGCCAUACCUGGUCAAGGUGGCAACCAACAAGUGGUCGAUUGAUCAAUGCGUUUCUCGGAAUACCAUAUGCAGCACCCCCAACCGAUGGAAGAAGGUUCAGGUUUCCCGUUCCUGCUUACUUAGAUACCCGAUUUCCUUGGUUUGCAAAACGCUUUAGAUCAGCGUGUAUGCAACCAUACAUCUGGCUUAGCCGAUUUAUACCAGGCUUUACAGAUAUAAGUGAAGACUGUUUGUAUCUGAACAUUUAUUAUCCAAAUAAUACAUUGGAUGCUUCUAAUACCCGUUAUCCUGUGAUUGUACAUAUUCAUGGUGGAAGUUAUGUUUAUGGUUCUAGUCAUAUGUAUCCUGGUUUAGCAUUGGCUUCCAAGGGUUUAGUUGUAGUAACAUUCAAUUAUCGUUUAGGACCGUUUGGUUUUCUCGCAACUGGUGAUCAUGCAUCGAUCGGUAAUUAUGGUCUAUGGGAUCAGUUGCUUGCAAUCACUUGGGUUAAACAAAAUAUCGAAUGGUUUCAAGGUGAUCCUGAAAAAAUUACAUUAAUGGGAGAAAGUGCUGGUGCGGCUAGCGUCGGUCUUCAUUUGAUCUCACCGUUAACACGAGAAAGAUAUUUAUUCAACCAAGCAAUAAUGAUGUCCGGUUCUGAUUUAUCCCAAUGGGCAUUCAGUGACCCAGCCAAAGUUCGUACACGUUAUUAUGCAAUUGAACUAGCUCAACGAUUAAAUUGUUCUUCAGUUCAAAUUAAUGCUAUAAAUGAAUCACAACAAUAUAUACGUAAUGCUAAUUUGCAUCGCUCAUAUACGAAUAAAACAUUAAAAUUGCCAUUUGGUGAAUCAUAUGUGAAACAACCUUUAACUAUACCAUAUUCUGUACAAGUGGAUGCAUAUGCAUUAAUUUAUUGUUUAAGAUAUGAGAAAACUGCGGAACAAAUUAAUGAUGCUGUCCUUGAAUUACACUCUCUUCCAGGAGCUCCAUCAUUUGUCUGGACACCAGUUGUUGACGGAAUAUCUGGUUUCUUCCCACGUACACCAGCUAAAGAACGUUCACUAGGUAAUUUUGCUAAAAUACCACUACUUGCUGGUGUUGUACAAGACGAAGGUUCGCUGGCAUUAGAACACUUUUUAUAUCAAUUAGAUCAAUAUGGUUACACAAUUGAAAAUUUUACAGAUACUAUUGUAAGACGUUUUAUUGGUACCCUGUUAAAUGAUUUAAAUGUUUUUCGACAUAAUCAAACUGCAGAAGAAUUAUAUACACGUUAUACAUGGUGGUCAAAUUUAGAGAAUAAUACUGCGCGAUGGAAACGUACUGUUGACUUGGUUUCAGAUAUGGAAAUUAUAUCACCAUUAGAUUCUAUUGUAAAAUAUCAUUCAGUCUAUUCACCGUCAGUUUACUUCUAUGAAUUUUCCUAUUCCAGUCCAAAUGACAAACAAGCAACACCAGAAAUCGGAAUUUAUCAUGGAAUUGAAUUGCCUUUUCUAUUCGGAUUCCCUUUUAUGAAUAAAUCAAUUUGGCUAACGUUAUUUGGCGAGAAUAAUCCGUUACCCCGAUGUGUAUCAGACAAUUAUGUUUAUCCAUAUGAUACAAAUAUCAGUGAAUAUUUAUUGGAUUUAUGGGCAAAUUUUGUGAAAUAUGGAAAUCCAACUCCACAGAAUGUGAAAAAUAUUAAAUGGCCAAAUUUUAAACAACCGGAAGAAGCUUAUCUUCACAUUGAAUUGAAUAGUUCAAUUAAAUAUCAUUAUAGAUCUUCAGAUAUGGCAUUUUGGCGAUAUCGUUUUGAAGAAUUAGCCGAACCUGUACCAGCAUCUCCACCAAUUUACUACUAUCCUUUAAUUAAUGUACGAUUGACUACACUGGUAUUAGGUUGUCUUCUCAGUGUUGCGUUGAUUAGUUUACUCAUAAUUAUUGUGUUACUGAUGAAACGUCCACAACCAAAACAAUUUAAACCAAGUAUACGUCAUAGUACACCGGGUAGUGAAUUUCAUUCAUUAUUGAAAGAUUCAUUCUCUAAUCGUAAUGUUUAUUCAACCAAAAUGUCAACUAUUCCUUGGCCUCAACCGCCAACAACAACGACAACAUCAAUCUUACAACCGUUAACAAUAAGACCAACAUUAAAACCACCACCAAAACUACCGAGAAUAAGUUCUUUCGCUUAUCUUAAAUCCAAUGAUCAGAUUAGACAAAAACAAUUGAGUUUGUCUAAUUCAACAACAUCAUGUACAAGCUACCACAUAUCAUUAUAUUCUGAAGAGAAAUUUCCUAACAGAUUAUCAACUAGACAGAAUAAUACUAAUAAACAUCCACCACCUCCCCCAGUACCAUCAAACCGUGUAAAAUCCGCAUCUGGUUCUUCGAAUGCAUCAUUGUCAUUGAUAUCAUCCUCAUCAUCCUCACCGACGUUGGGAUCGUCAAUGAGAACUUCAAAAUUACACAGUCAAAGACAAAUAAAACACAAACAUGAUAAAAAUAGAUUAUUACAUGGAGAUGAUCAUGAUGUUGUAAUGAAUCGGAAAGAAUCGAAAUCAUCUGAUCGAUUAUUGUACACAGGACACACGAUGAAAAAUAAUAGUAUUGCCCUUCCGACUACAGAUAUACAUAAUAAUAAUUAUGAUUACAAUCCAUAUGUUACAGAUGUUUAAUGUUAAAAUUUAUACAUUAAAUUGUAUAUGGAAAUUUUGAUUAAGCCUGACUGGUGCAUUUCUAUCGUCAUUUUUUAUCUGUUAAUUUAAACUCGCAUGUUCGGUUUAAUUUCCAAAAAGAAAUUGAGUGGCACUUUAAAGGGUGGUUAAUGUUCUCUAUUCUAAUAUGGUUGACUUCUGUUUAUUUUUUAUUGUGUAUUUAUCAAAAUGUUGAUACUGUUCUCCGCCUCUCAAAAUAUGGAAUUGUCUUAUUUCUUUCAGGAGUAUGUAUUAAUGUUUUUGUUAAGAAAAGAUAACUGAAAUAUUAAUUUCAUGUUGUGUUAUAAAAAAUUUACCUGCUAUCUUGCAAAUCAAAGUACAAUGAUGUAUACCAGCG